AUGAGAGUAAAAAAUAUAUCUGCUCGUCUACCCGAAAUAUCUACUAUACUAUUCGUAGAUGAUGAUAGAGAGAGAGUAGAUAUCCACACCUUAGGUGAUGGUACGGAGAAAGGCACAUACUUCCGCGCAAGUGAUGUCGCAAAUCUUGUUGGUGUAACAAAGGCCACGACUAUAGUUGACACAUUGGAUUACAACCAAUACGUGAAAAUGGGAACGGGAGCUCGCGACCCCUUGUACAUCACCGUCGAGGGUCUGGUGCAGUACAUAAUGUCAUCCAAUAAAGCAAGAUCUGGUCCGUACGGACGCUGGAUCGUCAAAUUGAUUUUUGCAUUCGCAACCUUGGACCAUGAAGGUGUUGAUGAGCUGGCCCGCCCACCACUGGCCGCUAUACUACCGGCCGAUUUCAUACCAAGCAGUCUGACGGGGAUUUGCCUUAUCGGAACGGUCGGUGAGCUUCUCCACCAGUGUACAAUAGACACUGACGCUGCCGACUCAGAUGUUGUGCUGAAUUAUGGGAUGUCAAAAACGAGCCACGAACAUAACGGUGCAUUUCCCGGCGCGUCGCGCUUAGUGACAUGCUGCAUGGACUCGGAACUGGCAGGCAAAGCUGUGAAGGGAAGACAUAAAGAACGUGUAUCUGUCCCAGAAGAAAGCUUGGCAGUAGUCGUCAAAAAUGUAGCUGCAAUCGUAUCUGAGCGUGCACGUCAGAAUCCCAAAGUCAAUUAUGCUCACAAGCUAGAAAUGACCACCAUGGAGCUUCAGUUUCUGAAGCAAUCCAAAGAUGACCUCGUUCUAAAGCGUAUCGAGGACAAGAAUGAACUCGAUCGGCGCGGUAAGCAGCUCAACGCUUACCGGCUACAGGUCGAAAAGUUGAACGACAAACUUCACGCCACCACGGAGAAUCUCUCCAUAGCAGACGAGAGAGUUUUUAAGCUUGCUAUGCCGGCCAAUGUGAGAAAGCGUCUCCGAGAUAUGUAG